AUGGCUGAGCGAGGACUUCAGCUUGACCAGGAGAAGUUUUGCUGCUCCAUCUGUCUGGAUCUGCUGAAUGAACCAGUGACGACCUCCUGUGGGCACAGCUUCUGUAAGGGCUGUAUUAAAAAGCAUUGGGAUGCAGAGGAUCAUCGGAGAGCCCACAGCUGUCCUCACUGCAGACAGACCUUCAUACAGAGGCCGGUGUUGGGGAAAAACACCAUGUUAGCAGAGUUGGUGGAGGAGCUGAACAAUAGUGGACUCCAAGCUGCUCCUCAUCCUCAGCACUAUGCUGGACCUGGAGAUGUGGCCUGUGACGUGUGCACUGAGAGGAAGCUGAAAGCCUCUAAGACCUGUCUGCAGUGUGUGGCCUCCUACUGUGAGCUCCACCUCCAGCCUCACUACGAAUCCUUGACGUUUCAGAAACACAGGCUGGUCGAAGCCUCGGCAAAGCUCCAGGAGAACAUCUGCUCUCAUCACAACAGAGUGAAGGAGGUCUUCUGUCGCAGCGAUCAGCAGUGUGUCUGUUACCUCUGUGCUAUGGAGGAACAUAAAGACCACGACACAGUGUCAGCUGCAGCAGAGAGGUCUGAGAGGCAGAGAGAGCUCGGGCCGAGGAGGAAAAAACUCCAGCAGAGAAUCCAGGACAGAGAAAACGACAUGAAGCUGCUUCAGCAGCAGGUGGAGGCCCUCAGUGACUCUGCUGAUAGAGCAGUAAGGGACAGCCAGACCAUGUUCAGCCAGCUGGUGCGACUCAUAGAGAAACGAAGCUCUGAUGUGAAGCAGCAUAUCAGAUCCCAGCAGAAAGCUGAAGUGAGUCGUGCUAAAGAGGUUCAGAAGAAGCUGCAGCAGGAGAUCACUGAGCUGAGGAGGAAAGACGCUGAGCUGGAGCAGCUCUCACGCACAGAGGACCACGGCCAGUUUCUCCUCACCUACCCCUCACUGUCAGGGCUCAGUGAAUCCACACGAUCGGCUGGCAUCAACAUCCAACCUCAGAGCUACUUUGAAGAGGUGACGGCAGCUGUGUCAGAGCUCACAAAGAGCCUACAGAGCAUCCUGAGUCAGGACCCAUCUGAGACCUCACUGACUGAAGGGGAGGCUUUACAUGGAGCAGAACAGCACAUGACUUUAAUGAAGCAAUCUUUCCAGCCACCAGAAGAGUCCAAGGCUUUUGUCAAACACCAACCACAUUUGGUGCUACCACCACCAUCUUUAAUGCAGCAACAACUGUGCUUGGUGCCACCUCCACCUCCACCAUCUUUCCAGCCACCAGCAGAGUCCAAAACUUUACUGAAACAGCUACCAUGUUUGGUGCCAUCACCACCUCCAUCUCUCCAGUCAUCAGGAGAGCCCACCACCAGAGCUGAGUUCCUCCAGUACUGGAAGAGAAUCACUAUGGAUCCAAACACCGUUCAUAGAGAUCUGCUGUUAUCUAAGGGGAACAGGAAAGUAACCUUUGGGAGUACUGUCACGCCAAACUUGGCUCAUCCACACAGAUUCACUGAGUGCCAUCAGGUUCUGAGCAGAGAGGCUCUGACUGGUUGUUGUUACUGGGAGGUGAAGUGGAAGAGGUUGGUUUCAGUAGCAGUCACAUACCGGUGCAUCAACAGAACAGGAAGUGACAGUGAAUUUGGAUACAAUGACAAAUCCUGGUCAUUAGAGUGUGACUGUAACAGCUAUAAAUUCCGGCAUAACAGUGCCCUUACUUUCCUCUCAGUUCCUCAGUCUUCCACAGUGGGGGUGUACCUGGAUCACCGUGCAGGUGUCCUGUCCUUCUACAGCGUCUCUGAGACCAUGACCCUCAUUCACAGAGUCCGGACCACAUUCACUCAGCCCUUACACGCUGGACUUUGGCUCGAUAUUUCUGGAUGUGCUGAGCUUGUUGAGCUGCAGUAG